UUUUUUAGUAUUAAAAUCUCAAGGUACAUCAGAUUCUGAAAAUCAUAUUCAACAAAUUGCUCGAACUUAUCCAAAAUUUACACCAUUACUUUAUUCACGAGUACCAGAACAUCUUAUUUCUAUUAUUUGGAAUGAUCCUGUUAUGAGACAACUUGCAUCAAUUAUUGGUAAUAAACAGGAUGAUUCAUCUAUCGAAAAUAUUUCAAUGAAACAUACUGACACAAAACCAACAAUACCAGCAUUUGAUGAUGAACAUUCAUCGAACUUUUUUGAUUAUGAAGCAUCAAGUCAACUAUUAGCUAUGCAACAACAACAACGUGAUGAUCAUAAAAAAGAAUUUUUACCAACUGUUCGUGGUGUAAAAAUGCGUCUACCACGUCAUGUACUUAAAUUUGGUUUUCGUGAACUUGAUCUUGAUUCUCCAGAAGAAUCAAUCAUUUCAUUACGUGAUGAAGGUACAUCAAAAUCACGUCGACGACGAAUUUAUAUGCAUCUUAUGAUGUCGGUUAAUGAAAAUGUAUGUGCUCGACAUGAACUUGUUAAAAGUCAAUUACGACAAAUGUUAAAAACAGACUAUCGAUCAACAUCAGUAUUACCUCCUAUAACACGAUCUUCCAUGUGUAAUUGA